UAGACAGAUGACUGUGCCGUAAAGUGUGGCGGGAGCUCCAAAAUCACACAUCACGUCUAGUUAUGUCAUUGUAUUGUCUAUCCUUAUGUUGUCAGGGGACUUGGUGUUUGGAGCGAGUCGGACAGAACGUUCGACGUCGGAGUGUGGUGUUUGUGCUCGAGUAGCGGCCGAUUGUGCUUUGAUGACAACCGAAAAUCAUCCCAUCGAUGGAGCCAUGCAUCGAACGUCGCUUGUCAUGGACGUGGCAAUCCGCUGUACUUCGCCCAACUGUCCCUGCGACUGUUUCUCUCCCGGUAAAUGCCAAUUACGCAUCUGCGACACUUGUCGGCACGGCUGGGUGGUGCACGCUUUAGACAAAUUAGGAUAUCAUCAUUUAUUUAACUGUCACCAAGUGGAGUUGGUUCAACCUACCAUAGCCUUUGACAUUGCAUCUUUGAUGCUUUACGGUACUCAAGCUAUACCAGUAAGGCUAAAAAUUCUUUUGGACAGACUGUUUAGCGUUCUAAAACACGAAGAAGUAUUACAAGUUCUUCACGGAUUUGGAUGGACUUACGACGAUUAUUCUAGAGGUUAUAUAUUGCACGAUAGUAACGGACAAGUGCUGGAGAGAUGGUUAUUAGCUACAAGAGAUGAAGAAACUUUGAUUCUACAGCAAUUUCUCAGGUUCGGAGAGACCAAAAAUAUAGCUCAACAAUUACUGUUGCAAGAAAACAGUGAGAAAUUAGACUUUGUUGUCCACACUGCAUCUGCCGAAUCCGAUAUAAAACGAUUUAUACAGAGGACAAAUCAAGUUGUGGUGCGCCAAUUGUUACGACCACCGUCCAGCAUCAGUUCUCUAUCGCCCUCCAGCAGUCCCCUGUCGCCACUCAAUAAACUGCAAAACAUGCAACCGUACGAGUAUCGACAAAGUUCCAGUCCCUGCACUUCUAAUUCGGUUAGCACCAGCACUACAAUUGUCACCAGUACCACAACCGUCACAUCAGACGUUAGUGUCACCGAUUGUGGUUCGGAAGACGACUCUAAUGCCAUGGCCAUUAACCUGACUCAAGCGUCCUGCAAUAGCGUAUUUGCCGUUAAGAAAGUAAAACAUCUCAGGAAAUCAGCUAACCCAAUGAAACGUCGUUGGAACCCGUUAGUGCUGAGCACUCUUAUCACAAAUCCAUCCACCGGUAAGAAGAGAGUUCAAUGCCACGUUUGCCUGAAAACGUUUUGUGACAAGGGCGCUUUAAAAAUUCAUUUUAGCGCUGUGCAUUUACGAGAAAUGCAUAAAUGUACAGUCGAGGGUUGUAAUAUGAUGUUUAGUUCAAGAAGGAGCAGAAAUCGUCACAGUGCUAAUCCUAAUCCGAAGCUACACACACCAAACGUUAGAAGAAGGAUAAGUCCCCAUGACGGAAGAACAUCGACACCUUACCCUAUGUCAUUAGUGCCAUAUCCAUCACAGUUGGUGCCACUUCCUCUAACAAAGAAAGCUCGUUUGGACGAAAACUUAGAACCCAAUCCACCACCUUCGCUGAAAGGAGUGAGUAAACGUAAAUGUUUCAAUCCCACAAAAUGUGCGGUCACGAGUGAUGACGAUCUACAAUAUAUUUCCAGCGAAGACACUUCUAGCGACACAUACAUAGACAAAUCAGAAGAUUUGACGACAGAAGAUGACGAUUCUUUAGAUAAAGAAGACAAAGUGACCGAUUUUUCCACAAAAAUAAUCAAAACCGAAAUAACGAAUCCCUGCGAUGCGGACGAUAUCAAAGAAGAACCCAAAAUAGAAAAGAGUGACGAUGCUCUAGAGAAUCCUCUUCGACAUCUCGAGUCCUUGUCUCUAGGGACCUUUCCUGGAUUAUCUAACGAUAACCAAACUAAUACGAGUGGCGUUUCAUUUCACGCACCGGGACUGGGCCUGGCUUCUUCGUCUCCGGUCAGCAUGCUAAAUAGCCAUCCGCUGACUAACGGGGAUGCGGAACAAGAUCCGCAACUCUCCCUACUUCCCAUCUAUCGCAACCCUAAUCUAACUAGUGCAGUGGAUGUUCCGGUGGACAAAGAAAAUCCGCGAAGAUGUACAGCAUGCGGAAAGAUCUUUCAGAAUCAUUUCGGAGUCAAAACUCAUUAUCAAAACGUGCAUCUAAAAUUAAUGCACAAAUGCACAGUAGAGGGUUGUAACGCUUCCUUUCCUUCUAAGCGAAGUCGCGAUCGUCACAGUGCCAACUUAAACCUUCACAGAAAACUGCUUUCCACUAGCAGCGACAAAUCUAUCCAUUAUUUCGACAAGUACCCAUUUCCUCAUCCAGGUCCCACUGUUAGGGAGGAUCUAUUUUCUCGCCUAUACGAUCCGCAGAACCUCGCCUUGACGUUUCCAGACUUCUAUCAAAACAGAGGGACCGAUAGCUUAAUGACGUCAUUCCCCAAUCCGUUAGUGUCACCGUUUCACCCGGCAUUCCUGGCAGCCGGUGUAUUGGCAAAUAACACUAAUAGAACCAACUCGCCGAACACUCCAAGUCCCACCCCCUCCCGAUCGCCUUCCAAUAUUUACAGAUGUGAAUUGUGCAGUGAGAAUUUCAACGAUUGUGUUUCUCUAAGGGAACAUUGUGACAAAUCUCACAACGAGAAGUCCUUUUUGAAUGCCACUUUCCACGAACUACCACGAAAAGAAACAGCAAGCGCCGCUUCGUAACGUUUCGCCCCCUUAAAAAAUAUAAAUAAAUAAAUAAAUAUAUAUAUAUAUAUAGGAAAAAAUAUAUAUAUAAAUAUAAAGUAUCUCUUGUGCCAAUUUUGUAAUAUAUUCAAUCUAAAAUAUAUUUCCUUCGCAACAUUUUAGCGGUGGAUUUGUCCCUCCCCCCUUCUCUUUGUUCCCAUUUGCCCGAGAUUUGGCGAUGACCAGAACAUAUUUUGGUCAAUGUUCGUAUUUUUCGAUGGCUUUAAAAGUUCCUGGCCUCGAUAUAAGUUAUUGAUGACACUCCAAGUGUACUGUAUACUGUUUCAAUUCUAGUAAAAAAAUGUCUGGAAUGUUUCACAA